CGUUGUUCGAGGCUUCACUGUUGCCGCGUAAAUGUCGCUCUCCAAGAAACUCAUCCUCCAAGUGAAAUCCCACCCCGAAAUAUGGCAGCUUUCGAGUCGUUUGUACAAGAACAAGAUAGCCAGGGGGCGAGGGUGGAAAGCUAUUGCGACAGCACUUGGCAAAGAUGAGGAGUUCCUGAAAAAACGCUGGAAGAACUUGAAGGAUGCAUUCAGAAAGGAGUUAAAGAGAAUAAUAGUAAAGGAAAUCGACCAAUCACAGUGGCAAUACUUCGACGAGCUGGCCUUCAUAACGGAAGAAGUACUCAAAGGGAUUGUGAAAGGAAAAUCGGAAAUGCCAGAUAUCGAAGUCACUAUGGACCCUAUCAAUGACGAUUCGGAUGACCCACUGACUGUGAAACUAGAACAUAACACAGAAGACGUAGAAUCAAACGCAUCUUUUGCUCCAAGCUCUUCCACUUGUACGGCUUACGACACUUCUCAAAAUACAGAUUCGAAUAAUCAAAGUGUGAUAAAUAGCAAGAUAAAGAACAUAACAAAACAGUUACAAACAGGAAAUACUGACGAAGAACUGACGGGCGAUGCGGAUUACUUGUUCCUAGUCAGUCUUCUGCCGACGAUACGGAAGUUAUCUUACGUGCAAAAGCUGCAAUUCAGAGGGAAGAUAAACCAGUGGCUUCUGGAAGCGGUUGCGCCCGACUAUUGCAAUGACUUUGAUGGUAAAAUGAAUGAUGAUUUUUCAUAAUUAACGAUAAGCGAAAGAAAUACAACCAAAAAAUCAUAAAUUAAAACAUUUCACACCCCUAGAUCAAAACUAUUUCAACUCACAAAAACCACUUUUAUCAGAAUCUACGCAAAGCUGGUUUCGACAAUCUAUAGAAGACAUUUAAAUAUUUUAAAAAGAGUUCGGAGGAAUUAUAGAAAGCAUUAGGGAAAGCAGUCACUAAAAUUUUAUUCUUGAGUUAUAAUUAAUCAAGUCAGGGGUCGUAAAAUGAGGUUAUCUCAAAAGGCGAGGUUUUUGAGUUGAAGUAGUUUUUACAGGGAAGCGAUUUGGUAAAUCUAGCUUUUAAAGGUCAAAAGUCAAAAUUAAUUCUAGGUCAUUCCGGACACAAAAUUAUUGGGUGAUCGGUGAUCCCUGGCCUGUGUUCCGUGUAUCAUGAAUUCACUUUAACUUACAGACCGAAAUAUUGUACUCUGCUUGGCACAAAAUGUCGCAUUUUCUAGAUUUUUAAUUUUAUUAAUAGAAAUGAUAUAAGAUAGCUUCUAGAUGGAGCAUUAGAUUGGAGACUGAUUUUCUACUAAUUUACCGUUUAGGCGACUCACAGAUAAAAUACUGAACAAGUAUAAAGUUACGUUUAAGUUAUAAUAAACUCGAAGUUAUCUGUUCAUAUUAUAAUAUAGUCAACGCUUCUUAUUUACGGAGAAAAUGUUCCAGCUAUAUGCCGCGACUGGUGAGUAACAAAUUCACGAAUAAGGAUCCACUAUUUUUAAAGCGGAUCAAAAGACAUUAAAAUAAUGUAAAUAGUAUAAGUUAGGUACUAUUAUUAUGAUUAUAACUUUAAAUAACUAUUGUAAUGGUAAGUCAAUUAUAAGUAAUAACUUUAAAUAAAAGUUAUUAAAUAACUAAAAAUACUUUUAAUAAAGUGAUAACUUU